UUGCCAUUGCCCAAGCACAAUGAGAGAUACAAUAAGCUGCGCUAUGCGCACUUUGCCGUGUAUCAAAGAUUGUUCGCGGUAGUGGUGGGAAUCAACUUGGUCCUGAUCGCGACGUUUGCAGCUCUGCUCACAACCACAUCCAAAUCCGCAGUCUUCAUGUAUGGAGAUGCGGUGACAGCGGUAGCAGCGAAUAUUCUCCUGGCGAUGUUGAUGCGACAAGAGAAUUGCAUCAAUAUGCUGUUUCACAGCGUGUUGAGCCUGCCACGCUCGUGGCCCGUCAGCAUUCGUCGACACGCCGCCAAGGUAUAUUGCUAUGGAGGGGUGCACACGGCGAGCGGCAUCAGUGCGGUGCUGUGGUACUUGUUCUUCGUGGUGCUGGUCUUUCGCGACUUUGUUGCCGUGAACGAGGCGCUUGGAAACGCUGUGAAAGGACUCGCCGGCGUGAUUAUGUGCUUGUUGGUCACGCUCUGCGCUGCGUCGUAUCCGACCCUGCGCGCCAAAUUUCACAAUCAAUGGGAACUGUCGCAUAGAUUUCUGGGCUGGACGCUGGUCGUCCUCAUCUGGAUUCAACUCUGCUGCGUCGUCGCAUCGGAUGCCUUGAAGCCGGAAAGCAGCAGCAACAUGGGAUCCAUCCUCGUCAAGACUCCGGCUUUCUGGAUGCUCCUCAUCAUCAGCUUCCUCCUCGUUUACCCCUGGAUGCGUCUCCGCAAGGUAUAUCUCACGGUGGAGAAACUCUCCGCCCACGCCAUCCAGGUACACGUGAAGACCAAGAAGCCCAUCCCGACCUGCGUGGGAAUCAGCUUCUCCCGCUCCCCGUUGAUCGAAAAUCACAAAUUCGCCACCAUCCCUAACCCCGACAAGGAAUCCGCCUUUUCCGUCAUCAUCGCCAACAACGGAGAUUGGACCCAUCAGCUCAUCAACGACUCGCCGCCACCUUUCCUCUGGACCCGAGGCAUUCCCUCCCUGGGCGUCGCGCGCGUCUCCAAAAUCUUCCGCCGCAUCGUCCUCGUCGCUACCGGAUCUGGCAUCGGACCGCUCAUGUCCUUUUUCAACUCGCACCCCGAAUGGGCAAUGCGCAUUGUCUGGUCGGCACGAACGCCCGCGCUCAGCUAUGGCAAGAAGAACAUGCAAAAUGUGCUUCGAGCAGAUCCAAAAGCCAUCAUUCUGGACACGAGCAAGACGUCGUUCAAAGAGGAAGGCAUGCCGGACUUGGUGAGGUUGGCGUAUGGGGCAUAUCGGGACUUUGAGGCGGAGGGCGUUGUGGUGAUUAGUAAUCCAAAGGUUACCAAGGAGGUUGUGUUUGCGUUGGAGUCGAGAAAGGUACCUGCUUAUGGGGCAAUUUUUGACUCGUAG